AUGGCCGCAAACUACUCCUCCACCCAGUCCUCGAGCCCCCUCAACCAGCGACCGAAGCUCAAUGUGCACCGCUCAAGCUCAGACUCCGUUGCACGCACAAAGAUCCUGCUUCUCGGCCUCCGCAGAGCCGGGAAAACCUCCAUCCAACAGGUCCUCUUCAACAAUCUCCCGCCAAAGCAGACGUUCUACCUCGAAACGACCAUGCGCAUCGUCAAGCACCACGUAGACACUGUCAUUCCUCUAGAGAUCUGGGACUGCCCGGCAAACACAACCGUCGAGUCUCUCGGUGCUCCUCUUUCGCAAUUUUCAACAAUCAUCUUCGUCAUUGACAUCCGAGAUCUAUAUAACCAACCCAUAUCAAAACUUGUGGAAUUCAUAGUCGCGUCAUACUCAGAUAAUCCGGAUAUCAGCCUAGAAGUUUUCGUUCACAAGGCUGAAAAACUUCAGGAGGAUGACAAGAUCGAGAACUUCCGGCAGAUCCAUGAACGUGUGUCUGACCGUCUGCUGGAUAUGUCGCCGGAGUACGAGCAGAUGCAGCUCAACUUCCACCUGACUUCCGUCUACGAUCACUCGCUUCACGAGGCCUUUUCGCGAGUGCUGCACAAACUUAUCGAGUCAUUACCAUACCUCGAGGAACUGCUCAACGUCUUUUGCGCGAAUUCGCAAUCUCCGAAGGCUUUCCUCUUCGACACACGUUCACGAUUGUAUAUUGCAACUGACGCGUCUCCGGUGGAUUCUGCGACGCACAACUUGUGCUGUGACUACCUGCAGAUGCUGAACUCGUUUGGUCCCCUAUACAAGUCGAUAACGGCGAGUCCGAGCCGCCAACGACUAUCGGGCACAUCUACUCCUAACAUACCUCCACCGACCGCAGUCUUCGGCCCAUCACCCACCAGCCCGUCAUCACGUCCUCAUGCAUCUAUUUCCUCUUCACAUUCUUCUUCGCCAGCUUUGAACAAUAUCGCAACCAACGGAACUUCACGACGCAAUGGCCUUUUAUCACCGACACCUCCGACACCUUCAACACCUACCAACUCCAACGGCAGAUCUCAUUCCAGCCCCGCUCAACCUUCUUCGACACAAUCGUCACGACCCUCUACCGCCGACCACAUUUCAAUAUCUCAGCACACAGGGACUUCAACACCUAAACCGCCGACUCCGGGAUACACGCGAACGCGAACGGGCAAUAAGGAUCUGUUCUACCCCUCUGCAUCAACAUCCCUCGCGGCGUCCUCAGGAGCAUCUGCCGUAAACACGACGCUGACGUACCACCUGAUCACGAAACACUUGGCACUGGUGGCACUGAUACCCACCGCCGUGUUUCAAGAGAGGCGAGGAUUGCUGGAGUAUAACGUUGUGUUCUUCAGAGAAGGGGUGCAGGAAAUCUGUGACGUCGAAGAGGAGGUACGAGGAGCCGGGUAG